AUGAGUGAGAACAAAAAGCACCGGGGCUUCCCCACGUCUGUAGGCUCCCGCGGGAUCCACGCACCGGGGCUCCCGCGGGAUCCACGUCUGCAUCUGCACCGGGGCUCCCGCGGGAUCCACGUCUGCAUCUGCACCUGCACCGGGGCUCCCGCGGGAUCCACGUCUGAAAGCGCACCGGGGCUCCCGCGGGAUCUACGUCUGCAUGCGCACCGGGGCUCCCGCGGGAUCCACGUCUGCAUCUGCACCUGCACCGGGGCUCCCGCGGGAUCCACGUCUGAAAGCGCACCGGGGCUCCCGCGGGAUCUACGUCUGCAUGCGCACCGGGGCUCCCGCGGGAUCCACGUUUGCAUCUGCACCUGCACCGGGGCUCCCGCGGGAUCCACGUCUGCACGCGCACCGGGGCUCCCGCGGGAACCACAGCACGCGCACGGGGACUUAUUUAUAUAUCUGCUGGGUGGCUACCAGGUGUUGAGUGUGGUGUACAUGCACCAGGGAUCACGUCUGCACAGGUACCCAUUGAGAAUAACAAUGGCAACAAGAAGCAGGAGGAAACUUCCAAUGGAGGACGCUACUAUACAUGCCACAAAAGCACAGGACAAGACGGUGGAAUUGGAUGUGCAAUUCAUUAACCCCUAUAAAGGUCGUGGGGUGUUUGCCAAAUGCCAAUUUGGAAAGGGUGACUUCGUGGUUGAGUACAGAGGAGAUUUAAUAACUUGGGAAGAAUCACAAAGAAGGAGGAGGACUUACCACAGAGCGAGUGCCGUUUUUCUUUAUGAGUUCUACUGGAAGGAAAAAAUAUGGUGUAUUGAUGCAUCCCGAGAAGAUGGUAGCCUUGGACGACUCGUCAAUGAUGACCACAGGCACCCAAACUGCAAAAUGAAGAGGGUCAUAAUAGAGGGCAAACCACACCUUUUCCUCUUUGCAUUGAGGGAAAUUCAUCCAGGACAAGAAAUCACAUAUGACUAUGGGGGAAAAGAUUGGCCAUGGAGAAAACAGACACUAGAACAAAGUGAUGCUGACGUUGAGUCAUCUGACAGUGCAGUCUUCUCUGCUGUUCUGGAAACUUCAGAGAGGCCCUCAACUUCCACCAUGAAGACACAAGAACAAACAAUUGAUGCUGACGUUGAGUCAUCUGACAGUGCAGUCUUCUCUGCUGUUCUGGAAACUUCAGAGAGGCCCUCAACUUCCACCAUGAAGGUAGGAAUGAGUUUGUUCUGCAAUGUUUGCUCUUGUGCACACUGCCUGGUUUAG